AUGUUAGUACUUUCUUUAAUACUCUUAACCGAUUCUACAGAAAUCGGCGUUUCAGCAGAUGGCCAAAUAGUGCUUGGCGCAGUGUUUCCAAUUCACAAACAGUAUGAUGCCAAAAAGCAGCUAUGUAGCAACAUAAACUGGCAACAAAUUAUCAACGCUCAGGCGAUGAUAUUUGCUAUUGAAACAAUUAAUGAAGAUUCUUAUUUGCUACCUAAUAUCACAUUGGGCUAUGAUAUACGUGAUGGAUGCGAUAAUGAUCAUGUCAUCGUUAGAGAAACGUUAGACAUACUGUUCCAGUUCUCAAAAUAUAAAUCCUGUGAAGAAAAUGGUCGUACCGUAAGUAAUAAAUUAGCCGGCAUUAUUGGAGAUCAGAAUGCUCGUGGAUGUCUUGAUAUUCAAGGAGUUUCCAAAGUUUUCAACUUAGCCCAAAUUACAUAUGGUGCCAAAGAAAGCCUUUUUAGCAACAAGAAAAGAUUUCCAAUGAUUUUACGGACUAUUCCUCCGGAAGAUCAUUAUCCGACAAUUUUAGAAUCUAUUUUAUCCUACUUUAAUUGGAAAUUUAUCGAUUUACUGUCGUACGUUACUGACCUAAGUAGUCGUGUCCAUGAAGAAAUCCAGAAAUAUUUACAACAAAAAAAUAUAUGCAUACAUUUGUCACAGAAAGUUAAAAAUCAGCAGAACAGUAUCUCUGAAGCAGUAUCGAAAAUUAAAACAAGUCCUGCUAAAGUCGUUAUUAUUACGGCCACGAAUCAGUAUCUAACGAGUAUUAUUCAAGAAUUUGAAAAACAAAAUGUGACCGGUAAGACAAUUAUUACGACUGGUACUUUGGAAAGCCAGUUUUUUAAGACUAGUCGAGAUAUAAUUGGAGGAAUGAUUAGUAUAUCCCUUAAGCAUCGCCCGAGUUCAAAAUUUGUAGAAUAUCUUCGAAAGUUUCCGCUUUGUCUCAGUUUGCGACCAUUUUUAAGCCAGGAACUCGAAAAUCGCGGAUUCACUAAUUUUACAGAACAAGAUCUUGAAGAAUCUUGUGGCCAGUUACUCAAUAAAAUUGGUGAAACAAAGAAAGAUAUCUAUCGAAAUUCUUUCAGUAUAUCUUAUGUCGUAGACGCUGUCAAUGCUUUAGCUCAUUCAAUCCAUAAAACCUUAAAUUGUAGUAACAGUUCUUGUCAAUAUGAAAUAGUCAAUCAUCCAUCCUUUAAAAAUCAAGUUAAAAAAAACUUAUAUGAAAUAUCUUUUGAAGGCGCAUCAGCUCCGAUAUUUAAGUUUGAUGCAAAUGGAAAUCCUUCCCAUAUCAUCUAUUAUAUCCAUAACAUAAAAUCUACACUACAGAAUACAUACGACGUCGUCUUGGUCGGUACCUGGAGAAAUAAUCAUUUUCCUCCUUUGCACAUUAACGAUACGCUAGUUAGUUUCGGGCCGUAUUCUAACUUAAGUCAGAUUUCUAAUCCAUGCUCAUCUACUUGUCAACCUGGUAGCUAUUAUCAAUACCUAACGAAUCUUACAUGCUGUUGGAAGUGCAUUUCUUGUCCGCUCGGAACAGUCAAUAAUCAAUCACAGUCGUCAAGUUGUUUUUCUUGUCCUUUAGGAAGCUUAGCGAAUCGACAACGAACGCAAUGUCAUCUGAUCGAGCCCUACGAAUUGACAUUUUAUAGUAUACAGAAUGUAAUCAUGUUAAUUUAUCUUAGUCUAGGCGCUGUUUGUACAGUAUUUACUUGGAUUGUAAUUAUUCUAUAUCGUCAUACAGCAGUAGUUAAAGCUUCUGAUUUUAUGUUGUCACAAAUGUUUCUGCUUGGUAUUCUGAUGUGUAUGUCUACUGCAGUUUCUUUUGCUGCUCCAGUUUCAAUGCUUAAUUGCUCCGUCGGUUUUAUCUGGUUUUGUACAUCCGUCGUAUUUAUUGUGUCCAUCAUUUUUGUUAAAACUAAUCGAGUUUCUAGAGUAUUCGAGUCAGGUUUUGUGAAGUCCUUUAAGACAAGAGUAUAUCUUAGCUAUCAAGGACCCGCUAUAUUAGUCGUCUUUCUGACCGUAAUACAAAUAGCAAUCUGUUUUAUCGCCAAUUAUUUCGAUCCUAUUCAAGUUAAUCGACUUGUAAUAUCUGAAGAUAUAGUUUAUUUGCAAUGUCGAUCUAAUACUCGUAUUGGAUAUGCAAUCGCGAUUGGCUAUUUUUCUGUUCUUUGUAUUUGCUGUGUUUAUUGGGCAUUUAAAACACGUAAAUUACCAGAAAAUUUUUGUGAAGCAAAAUAUAUUAAUUUUACUUCUUUAAUCAUACUUAUGUCUUUGCUAACUAUGGUUCCGUCUUAUUUCGGAACAGCGGGGCCUAUUCAGGCAGCAAUAUCAUCAUUUGGUAUAAUCACGUUAGCCUUAGCUAUUUUGCUUUGUAUGUUUAGUCCAAAGUUGUAUAUAAUUUUACUCCAUCCAGAACAGAAUACUCGUGAAAAUAUUAUAGUGGAUAUAGCAAAUUAUUCCUUUAAUCAAGCUGGAACCCUUACCAAGAGUAGACAAAAAUUGGUACAUGUAGGACGUACAACGUCUGGAAUUUCCCCACAUCAGUCGGAAGUUUUGGAAAUGACAUCGGGAAUAAGUAAAGAAAGAAUAAACCAAAUCUAUUCAUCUUGA